AUGAUUUAUCUGAAGUCCAUCUUGAGAGUUAUCGACAACUCUGGAGCCCAAAUGGCAGAAUGCAUCAAGGUAUUAAGAAAAGGCUCUCCCAAAUCGCCUGCGAAAAUUGGUGACAAGAUAGUUUGUGUGGUUCAGAAGGCUAGACCUUUGACUCAAAACAUCACGGGUACUUCGAGCAACAACCGUGUAAAAAAAGGUGACAUCGUACAUGCAGUCGUUGUGCGUACCAAACAAAAAAAUAUGGUGCGUGCCGAUGGUUCAAUGGUCAGUUUUGGGGAUAAUGCUUGUGUUUUGAUCAAUAAGAAUAGUGGUGAGCCACUGGGCUCGAGAAUAAUGGCUAAUGAUGGUUGCGUUAGCAGAGAACUGAGGGACAAAGGCUUCAACAAAAUCUGCUCCCUUGCAAGCAGGGUUAUUUAG